GCGACACAGACGGCCCUUGCUGUUUGCCGGCAAACGUCGCGAGGGCUGCCGAACCGGGGCAGUCAGUGUUUAUCGGUGCCUUUGGAAGCGCGGACGUGUUUUGGUGGGAAUUGUUGCGCGAAAGCUUAACAGUGCGGCUGGAAAUGUGAAGAAGCUUUUAGCGAUUGGUGCGUGUUUGUGAAAAUGUGAAAAUUAACACGCGUGACGAAGAAUAAGCACGUGGAAAGCAUUCGAUCAUCAUGCGCGUUCCAAGAGUGCUACGACAAUUGAAGCAUUCCUCACACCGAAAGCCCCUCUUGGGUGAGCUGAUCGUAAAGCUACUGUUUGUCGUUUGCUGCGGUCUCAUCACGGUACUGCUGAUCAUACACAAGUACGAAAAUUUGGACAACUUCAAGCGAACGCUGUACUACCGACUGGCGGAGGAUGGCGAAGGGUUUUACGCGAUGCCACGCAACGUGGCUGGUGAAAAGAUCGAUUGGCACAAUUACGAGCUGAUCGAGGAGGAGUCGAAGCGGACAGGGCCCGGUGAGCAGGGUCGACCGUACAAGCUUUCCAGCGAGCAGGAUAUCGCCCUCAACGCUAAACUGUUCAAGGAGAAUGGCUAUUCGGCGGUGGUAAGCGAUAUGAUCGCUCUGAACCGAUCGGUACCGGACAUACGACACCCGAGUUGUCGUAUGAAGGAAUAUCUCAAGGAACUGCCUACGGUUAGUGUGAUCAUUAUCUUCUACAACGAGCACUGGAGUGCUCUUCUUCGCACGGUCUACAGCGUUCUGAACCGAUCGCCUCCUGCGCUGCUGAAGGAGAUCAUCCUGGUGAACGAUCACAGCACGAAACCCUUUCUCUGGACACCGCUGCGAGAGUUUGUGGAGUCUGAGCUUGCACCCAAGGUCCGGUUAGUGGAUCUUCCGGAGCGAUCCGGGCUGAUUGUCGCCCGGAUGGCUGGAGCCCGAGAAGCUCGGGGAGAUGUGCUGAUCGUGCUGGAUUCACACACGGAAGUUAACACCAACUGGCUGCCUCCAUUGUUAGAACCAAUUGCCGAGGACUACAGGACGUGCGUCUGUCCCUUUAUCGAUGUGAUCGCACACGACACAUUCCAGUACCGUUCGCAAGACGAGGGCAAACGGGGCGCCUUUGACUGGAAGUUCUACUACAAACGCUUGCCACUGCUCCCGGGAGAUCUGGACGAUCCGACGAAACCCUUCAACAGCCCCGUCAUGGCGGGCGGAUUGUUUGCGAUCAGUGCCAAGUUUUUCUGGGAGCUUGGUGGCUACGACGAGGGCCUAGAUAUCUGGGGCGGCGAGCAGUACGAGCUGAGCUUCAAGAUCUGGCAGUGUGGUGGACGGCUCGUUGAUGCGCCCUGUUCGCGCGUCGGCCACGUGUACCGCGGCUACGCACCGUUCGGUAAUCCGCGGGGCGUUAACUUUGUGGUGCGCAACUUUAAGCGCGUCGCCGAGGUAUGGAUGGACGAGUACAGCCAGUUUCUGUACGAGCGGAACCCACAGUUUGCCAAAACGGAUCCGGGUGAUCUGAGUGCACAGAGGGAGUUGCGCGAACGGUUGCAGUGCAAGCCGUUCAAGUGGUUCCUGGAGGUGGUGGCGCCAGAUCUGCUCGUACGCUAUCCGCCGCGUGAUCCACAGCCGUUUGCUUCAGGGCGGGUGCAGAGUGUGGCCAAUCCAAGGCUCUGUCUUGAUUCGCUGAACCAUCAGGCGAAGGAACCGAUCGGGCUGUACGCGUGUGCGUUUAACAAGACGCACCCACAGAACAAUCAGUUCUUUACGCUGUCGUAUCAUCGGGAUAUUCGCGUGCGCAGUAACGACAAGUGUCUGGAUGCAGCGAAGCUGAACGACGAGAUUGUGCUGUUUAGCUGCCACGAGUCGCAGGGGAACCAGAUGUGGCGGUACGACUAUGAAUCGAAAAUGAUCAUCCACGGGAAGGACCACCAUGGCAGGUGUAUGGAAGCGGAUCUCGACACCAACAAGCUGUUCGUGCGAAGCUGUGAUAAGGACAAAGCGUCUCAGAAGUGGAACUGGGGAUACGUUAACUUUGUCCAUCUGCAGAACUGGGAUGUUUAUGGGGCAAAGUUCUUGUAAAGGAAGGAUGUGAGUUCUUUAAGCGUAGUGCCUGUAUAAGUGAUUUGUGACAAGAAUUAACUGGCGAAUAUAGAUGGACUUUCGACAGUGUUUAGAUCAUGUUUUUCAGGUUUUAGAAGAAGUACGUAUACGUAUGAGUAGAUGUUUAAUGUGCAUCUUUGGCAUAGAGCAACUCGUAAUAAGUAAUUAGAACUGUUUGUAUAUAAUUUUAUGUAAGUCUUUAAUUUAAAAUACAAAUAAAUAUU